ACAGGAAAGGUUUUAACACAAAGUCUCAUUAUUGACACCAAAGAUGGCGAAGUGGAUGUUCUUCAAGAGCUGAAGAAAAAUACUUCUUCGGGAGGUGGUGGUAGGCAUGAACUUGAAAUAAAUGAGAUAGAAGAGAAAUUAGCCGAAAAAGCAGAUAAAGAACAUAAACACAAUAUCUCCGAUAUAAAUGAACUUCAAGCUACAUUAAAUAGUAAAGCGGACAAAAAUGAACUUGACGCAAUGAACAAAGUUUUGAAAUCUCAUAAACACAAUAUCUCCGAUAUAAAUGAACUUCAAGCUACAUUAAAUAGUAAAGCGGACAAGAACCAUGUUCAUUAUAUAAGUUCAGAUGAACAGAUUAUAACGGACUAUCAUGGAUAUUUAACACGAAGUGAUGAAGCGAAGACAAAAAAUGUUAAUGAAAGAAGAUAUAAAUACAUUCGUGCUAAAGGUUAUGACAUAAGCUGUACUGUACAGUAUGAUGUAGCUAAAGCACCAGAAGCAUUUGGUUAUACCGGUGAAAUUUAUGCCUCUACUUUCAAUGUUAACGGUGUACUAGUUGAACCAAGAUUUACAUUGAGAGUUAAGGCAAAAAUAACGUUUGAAGAUGCUAUUAAAAGUAAAGCUGACAAAGAUGAACUCGAAGCAAUGAACAAAGUUUUGAAAUCUCAUAAACACAACAUCUCCGAUAUAAAUGAACUUCAAGCUACAUUAGACAGUAAAGCCGACAAAAAUCAUACACAUAAAUCCUUCACUACUGUUAGAGCAGACGACAUAAUAUUGAACUAUGAUUUGGGUUCAAGUGCACCUUUAGAGAAUCCGAGUACAAGCGUAAAAGAUACUCUUAACAAUUUAGAUAAGAGUUGUAGGAAUAUCGAAGAUCAUGCCAGAAACUUUGAAGCAUAUGAACUACCAUCAAUGUUAGACAGUAAAGCCGACAAAACAGAGCUUCAAACAUUAAAGACUCAGAUUCUUGAAACAUUAUAUCCUAUAGGCUCUAUUUAUACGUCAAUGAACUCAACAAAUCCAGAAACAGUUUUAGGUUUUGGUGCGUGGGAACAGAUUGUAGAUAAAUUCUUAUACUGUGCUAACUCUUCAAAGGAAACAGGAGGUUCAAAGAAAAUUACUGAAGCAAACCUUCCACCGCACACUCAUACAGGAACUACAAACUUUUCUGGUGACCAUAGCCACUCAUUAAGAGACCAUCCAUUAUACAACUCAGAGUAUGAAGCUGGCAAUGAUGUUUUAUCUCCAUCUUAUAACAAUUCAGCAAAAAAGACUUUUCGACCAACUGAACCAGGAGGAAAUCAUGUCCAUACUUUCACAACAAAUCCAACAGGCUCGGGUGCAGAUUACAUGCCACCAUUUGUGACUGUAUUUGCAUGGUACCGCGUUCAAUGA